CGCUUUACCGUCCAGUCAAGUGUCUCGAAGCCGCCAAACAGAGCCUCGUCGCGGGGUCCAACUGUCCGUCAACCGAACACCCGACGGCAGUCAUGGCGGCGCCGUUAGCCCACUUCGACGAGGACUGGCAGGAUUUUAACGAGUUCCAGCCGUCCGCGGAGUCGGACGACCGGCUGAACUCGAAUGCCGGGGAGCCGUCGUCGGGCCUCGACGAUUUCUCCGACCUGGACAACAGUUUCUCGGGGGAGAUCUGCAGCUUCAAGUCGAUGGAGGACCUCGUCCAGGACUUCGACGAAAAGCUGACAGUGUGUUUCCGAAACUACAACACCGCGACGGAAAACAUCGCGCCCGUUAAACCCAUCACGGAGGAAGACUACCUGAAAGACGACCAGGUGUGGAACGCUCUGACCGACAACUACGGCAACGUGAUGGCCGUGGACUGGAAGACGUCGCACACUCGCUCCCUGCACCUGCCCACCCUCAACAUCUCCGAGCACGAGAAGACUAAUAACCAGUCCCUGGAUCUGUCCGACGACGAGGAGCUCAGGGAGCAGAUGGAUAUGCACUCCAUCAUCGUCUCCUGCAUCAGCGACGAGCCGCUCUUCACAGCCGAUCAGGUGAUCGAGGAGAUCGAGGAGAUGAUGCAGGAGUCUCCGGACCCGGAGGACGACGAGAGCCCCUCCCAUUCCGACCUGUCGAUGCUGUCUCAGGACCUCAAGCGCUCGGGCUCCAACACCAGCUACGAGGACCGGCUGCGUCAGCUGUCCCUGUCUGAGCUGACGGAGACGUUGGACGGAGUGGAGGCGGCCAUUGGCCGCUACAGCGAAGAGCUGAUCCAGGCCCUGGCGCUGCGGGAUGAGCUGGACUACGAGAAGGAGGUGAAGAACAGCUUCAUCUCGCUGCUGAUCGACGUGCAGAACCGCCAGAAGGAGCACUGCGAGCUGCUGCGCAAGAAGAAGAAGAUCCGAAGCACGACCAGCACCAGGCCCAACGGCCAGAGGGCAGCCAGCACGCACGUCCCGGGCACGCUCCUCACUCUGGAGGGACUCUCCAAUGUCAUUCAAAAUGGCCUCCGUCAAACUUUUGGCCACACAGGAGGGGACAAACAGUACCUGACCACAGUAAUCCCCUACGAGAAGAAAACGGGCUACCCGGCAGUAGAAGACCUCCAGAUCCUCACAAAGAUCCUGCACGCCAUGAGGGAUGACAGCGAGAAGGUACCUGCGCUGCUCACAGACUACAUUCUCAAAGUGCCCGACUGCAUGAUGAUUUGUGCAUGGACGCCAGUGAUCAGUGUCGAUCGGGUUCAUUUUAAUUCCACCUGCUCCACCAGCAGCCUGAUGCAAGGGAGAAGCCGCCCACCCUCCGUUUGGUGCAUCUCACACGCAUCAACGUCACUGUAUUUCAUGACCGAAUCUGUGACUGAGGCCUCGAGCAGAAAUCCUUUUUUUUAAAUUGUUUUAUUGCUCUUAACAGCAUUUGCUGGUUGGUUACAUACGCUGUCUCGGGGUUGAUGAGAUUGAUAUUUUUCAAAUCCAAUUUCUAAGGGGGCAAACGGUUUGCCCGUACGCUCCGUUUUUUGGCUGUAAGUUGAAUGUUAAAAUGAAAUAUUUUGUAUACGAGAACAAAUUGCACAGUUUUUUUUUGGAAACUUUUAACUUUUUAAAAGCAGGACAAGAAAAGUAAAAAUGACUUAAGAAGGAAAUCGCUGGAUGAACUUAUAGUUGAAGCCUAUUUUUGGAGAAAGAAUUGUUUAUCGGUGAGAUUAGGGACUCGCCUGUAGCCCCCCCCCCCCCCCCUUUUUGUGACCACAUCGCGACACGAUUGAACAAACGCUGCCCAUUGACCUCUGAGCCACCUCAUUGACCUCUGAGCCACCUCAUCACCUCCCAGGAGUCUGAAAACGCCUCGUUAGACUCUUCUGCAUCCGUAGAAAACGCAUCCUUAGGAGAAAUAUAUCGUUAAGAUAAUGUUCGGUCUGAUAAAUGUGUAGAUAAGCUUCUGUUAUAAGUUAUGGGUUUUCUCUCUCUCUCUGUUAACCCUUUAACUGUUGUGGAGGUUUUUCGUGGUAGCACUUUAGCGGGCGUGUAGUGGUGGAAAUCUGUAGUGGACGUCUCACUAGAUCGCUGUUGGACGCGACGCCCUUCGUCCACCUGGUCCUCAGGAGCGUGAACAACCUUCAAAGGGGUUCCCCACUGAUCUGACGCGUUAAGCCUUCGAGAUCAAACCCCUUAUCGCAGCAGCAGAUGUUUCUAGAAAAUAAACCGUAGCAUCCGUUUGGAGGUCGAGUGGCGAUCGAUCGACGCGUUCGUGACGUCUGGCGGCAAAACUCGACGAUUAAUUGGGCGUCGAUGUAGGAUUCCAUCUUUUUACUGGUUGGGGCCAUGACGAAGGGGUCCGACUAAAGUUCACGGGUUCCACAUGACUCCUUUUGUAAAAGGCCGAAGCGUGUAGUGCUAUAUUUAACUAUUUAUAUGUAUCCGUUGUUCCAACUGCUCUGCGAAACACUCACGAACCAGCGUUCAUUUGUUUUUGUUUACAGACGUUAAAUAUCACACUAAAGGGACAAGUGCAUGUCGGGGGAACAGAGUGCAGGAAACUCAAAAGCUCAAACUUAAACCGUUAAGAAGAUAUCGAAAAGUUGACGAUGUCAAAAAGUUGAAGAUCACAUCUUGCUGUUGAUGCAAAUUUGAUACAAAAGCUAAAAGUCUUUGUGGUUCACGUCUCAGGCGGGAAACCCCUCGUCUGCUCUCUAGUUCAGUGACAUAUCAGUGUAACUACGAUUUAGAGAUUUAUAUUUAUAUAUAAAUAUAUAUAUAUAUAUAUAUAUAUAUAUAUAUAUAUAUAUAUAUAUAUAUAUAUAUAUAUAUAUAAAUGUUCAACAAAGCAAGCGACAGAAAAUAAGCUUGUAAAUGCCUGGAAGUUUUGUACAUUAAAACGACUCGUUAUGUUUUUAAUGAAAUGCAAUCCCCCCCAGUUGUGGUUUUUUUUUUUUUGUUUCUCUCAUAUGGUACUGCAGUAAAUUAAUUUAUUAUGUAAAUGUUUUGUUGUUGUUUUUUAACCAUAUUAUUGACUGUAAUGGUACAUGUGUUUUGAAUGCCCACAAUGCAUUGCAACUCAUUUCAAAUAAAUUCAUAUGUGAAGAA